AUGCCGAAGGGGAGGCAGAAAGUGCAACCAUGGAGUGCUGCCCUGGAGCCCUCCCUGGGCCUGCCUGCCUGCCUCUGGCUGGUAGUAACUGGCUUCCUCUUGUUGGUUCCCUUGGUCAUGACCCUAGAACUAACAGAGACAGUUGGGCCCGAGGCCCAGGGUCCUAGGGGGCUGAGCUGGGCUGUACUCCUGGACAGGAUGGAGGGUGAGGGCAAGGAAGAGAGUGAGGAGCAACAGGCAGAUGCCCUGGCCCAGGCUGCAGGGCUGCUGAAUGCCGGACGAAUUGGGGAACUUCAGGGGCACUAUCUCUUCAUCCAGCCCCCUGGCCACUUUGGGGUCCAUCAGGAGGAGGCUGCCCGACAGCAGGCCGAGGCAGUGUUUUCUAGGCAUGAAGCUGUGCGUUGGCAUUCAGAGCAGCGGUUAUUGAAGCGUGCCAAACGCAGUGUGCUCUUCAAUGACCCCAAGUAUCCACAGCAAUGGCAUCUGAAUAACCGUCGAAUCAGAGGCAGAGACAUCAAUGUAACAGGUGUCUGGGAGCGUAAUGUGACUGGACGAGGGGUGACUGUGGUGGUGGUGGACGAUGGGGUAGAGCACACCAUUCAGGACAUUGAACCUAACUAUAGCCCUGAGGGCAGCUAUGACCUCAACUCUAAUGAUCCUGACCCCAUGCCACACCCAGAUGUGGAGAAUGGCAACCAUCAUGGCACCCGCUGUGCUGGCGAGAUUGCUGCUGUACCCAACAACAGCUUCUGUGCAGUUGGUGUGGCAUAUGGGAGCAAAAUUGCAGGUAUCCGGGUACUGGAUGGGCCCUUGACGGAUAGCCUGGAGGCUGUGGCAUUCAAUAAGCACUAUCAGAUCAAUGACAUCUACAGCUGCAGCUGGGGACCAGAUGAUGAUGGAAAGACAGUAGAUGGACCCCACCAACUUGGAAAGGCUGCCUUGCAACAUGGAGUGAUUGCUGGUCGCCGAGGCUUCGGGAGUAUCUUUGUGGUAGCCAGUGGCAACGGGGGCCAGCACAAUGACAACUGCAACUAUGAUGGAUACGCCAACUCCAUUUAUACAGUGACCAUUGGUGCUGUAGAUGAAGAGGGUCAUAUGCCAUUCUAUGCAGAAGAAUGUGCCUCCAUGCUGGCUGUCACCUUCAGUGGUGGAGACAAAUUACUGCGAAGUAUUGUGACCACUGACUGGGACCUGCAGAAGGGCACAGGCUGCACAGAGGGCCACACUGGGACCUCAGCAGCAGCACCCCUGGCAGCUGGCAUGAUAGCCUUAAUGCUGCAGGUGAGGCCCUGCCUCACUUGGCGUGAUGUCCAGCAUAUCAUUGUGUUCACAGCGACCCAGUAUGAAGAUCGAUGUGCAGAUUGGGACACCAAUGAGGCCGGCUUCAGCCACAGUCACCAGCAUGGCUUUGGCUUACUCAAUGCUUGGAGGCUUGUCAAUGCUGCCAAGAUCUGGACAUCUGUCCCUUAUUUAGCAUCAUACACAAGUCCCAUGUUAAAAGAGAACAAGAGAAUCCCAGUGUCCCCCCACUCCUUGGAAGUCAUAUGGAAUGUCAGCAAGAGUGACCUGGAAAUGUCAGGGCUGAGAACCCUGGAGCAUGUGGCAGUAACUGUCUCCAUCACCCACCCCCGUCGAGGCAGCCUAGAGCAGAAGCUCUUCUGUCCCAGUGGCAUAAUGUCCCUCAUUGGUGCCCCACGAAUCAUGGACACAGAUCCCAAUGGCUUCAAUGAUUGGACCUUCUCCACUGUUCGAUGCUGGGGGGAGCGUGCUGAGGGCACAUACAGACUUGUCAUCAGUGAUGUGGGAGAUGAUUUACUCCAGGCUGGGGUCCUUCAACAGUGGCAAUUGACCCUGUAUGGCUCCGUGUGGAGUCUGACUGACAUCAAAGACAGGCAAAGGCAACUGGAGGAUGCCAUGAGCGGGAAGUAUCUACAUGAUGGUUUCUCUCUGCCCUGCCCUCCUGGAUUAGAAAUCCCUGAAGAAGAGGGCUAUACAAUGACGCCCAACACCCUUAAGACCCUCAUGCUGCUGGGUUGCUUUGCUGUCUUCUGGACUAUUUACUACCUUCUGGAAGUGUAUUUGAGCCAGAGUGAUGUGACCUUUGACGUGGCCUGUGGAAGAGGCCAUUGCUGGUGGCUCCAAAGGAGCCGAAAAGCCAUGGAAGAAGGAACAGAACUGGAAUCGGUGCCUCUCUACAAUGGCAAGGAUGUAGGUGAAGCUGAUACAGAGUCUGAGGAUCACCCUCCCACCUCUGGCCUCCAAGCUCCCGAUCUGUUAGGUCAGGGCAACUGGGGCUUGAUUGAGGACAUUGAGAAACCCUCAGAAUCCUCCCAUCGGAACCCACAACCUGACCUACUUCACAGAGAGCAGGAACAACAGGCAUGCUGAUCCUGCGGUGUGGCAGACUCAGGACAGAAUUUGCACAGUCCAGAAGCCCCACUUUCUGCUGGGGAGAUGUGAGAAGCAGAAGCACAGAGGAGCUGCCUUCACCCUCUGUAGAGGUUCCCAGGCUUGAACUAGGAGGCCUAGAGUCAAGUCAUACCUACUCUUUGCUCCUAGAGUACUGUGGGCAAGAGAUGCUGUCUAUCUUCUUCCCCUACUCCAUGCAGCUCAGGUAGGGCUAGGGGCCUUAAUCUGAGACUGAGGGCCUCGCCUGCAUGGACAAGAGGUCCUCUCCAAGUAUCAAGCCCAGAAGAGUGGUGUCACAAGCCCAGGUGGGAACAUAGGACGUACUUCGAAUCCCACCUUGGAAUCUCCCUCGGAAGAAUAAAGUCUUGGAAGAUAAAUGUAUAGCCAGAAAAUACAGGAGCCUUGCCACAGGCCAAGCAGGUUCUUUUAAGUCAGAUGGAUAUAUGGGAAGGGGGAGAGUCAUUAUUUGUGCCUAGGUGGGUGCAAAAGGUCACCACUAAAGGAGAAUGUCAAAAGAAACAAGUCGAGGGCACCAGAAAAACUGUUCUGAGGGAAAUAUGUGGGAUGAAGGAGGUGCAGAAAUGCAUGCUGGGAAUGGGUAGGCCCUUCCCUAAUGUGAUGUCCCUCCCUCACACUUUCUUUUUUUUAUAAAGAGCCAGAAGCAGGGGAAGACUCGUGCCCCAACCCCAGUUGCUAUUCAAACUGCCACUCUUCCCAUCUCCCCUUCUAAAAUUUGUACUUUAGGCAUCAAUAGGGAAGGCUUAACCUGAGCCUAGGUCAUUGGAGCCAGGGAACUAGCUUCUUCCUUGAAUGAGCUGCCUUCUUUACCCUCCCCUAGGAUCCCAAAGAGAAACUAUUCAGACUUGCCACUUGGUCUACCCUAACCUACUAGAGAAAUAAAGUACUGAGCUCUAGGCAUAGAUGGGGAUGAAAGAGAGCUAUUGCAGGGGCUCUAUAACUGAGCCAGGCAAGCCACGGGCAAAGGAAGCAAGUAGGCAUUAGUGGAAUAUGUUGUGGGAGAACAGCUUAGGGCAUGAAUAUAGUGUGUGUCUCUCCAGCUCUGCAUUCUGCUGUAGUCCUCUGGGAAGUGCCCAGGAAAGCAGGGGCAAGAUUCAUAGGGGAUGAUGGUAGCUCUCUUGGGUGUUUUGUUCCUCCCCAGCCUUAGCUGCCUCCCAUUCAAAGCUGGUUUGUUGGUUUGAAGUAUUUUUUUAAGGGUUUAAAUUUAUUUUUCUCUUUUCACAGCAACGUUUCAUUGA